AGCAUCUGGCCCAAGCUUGGAUCAGAGCCAUUGCGCACCAAUGAAGAAAGGGCUGGCAGCUGUUGUGCUGCUUUCGCUCUGGGCAGGCACAAGCUGUGAAUUCUUGAAGCGCCAUGCGGAGGGGCACGCCCUUCUCGUGGAGGAGUCCGCACCAGUCCAGCCCGCCACACCUCCCAAGCCCAUCUUUGGCCCCGAGGCAUACGUCCUGGGCGUGAUCGCUCCUGGAACUUUCCUCGUUGGCCUGGCAGCUGUGGUGGCCUUACGCCACGCGGAACGUCAAUACCCCAGCAACGACAUGGAAGUGGUGGAGCGGGAGCCGGAGAAUUUGGACGAAGAUGUCUAUGGCGCAGGCGUAGCCACCUUGGUGCGCGAUGCGUACAGCUGCGUAGAGGGCAAAGGAGACAUCAUUCUUCGGGUGAGUCGGUUGUCCAGCAGUUUGCUCCUCAUGGUCUUCGUCAUCUCGCUCCAGGUCUUCGUCAUUCUGCAGAUGCAGGCCCUGGUGGCCAGCCGAGCCGUCACGGAGAUCCGCCAGAUCUACGGGCGCUACGAAUUCGUCAUGUACGGUGCCGACAUGGCACAUGUGUACCUUACUCCCAAUGGCUUCCCCCGCGGUGUGGAUAAGCAGUACUUCGAUGCUGCAAACUUCGGCCGCUUAACGGAAGAUGAGCAGGCGACCGCGUGCAGGAUCCCAUUUUCGCAGCCCAAGCUGUUGCUUCCGAUCCUGUUCAUCUGGACAUUGUCUAUAGUCGCAGACCUCCGCCGCUGCGGCGACUUGUUUGUGCGCUUGAUUCUUGCCACGCCCACGAUCACAUCCAUGCGCGACGCAGUGGUGGAAGGCGAAGGUGAGUGCGAGAUCGUGGUUGGCUUGACGCGGCCCUUGAAAGCGCUGAUCAUGUCAACUUGCAUUGUGCCGCGGUAUUUGAUCGACAUCUACCUGCUUUGGCUUGGCUGCCGUUGGCUGGCGGCCACCCCCAGCUUUGGAGACCUGUUGCUCAAUGCCGUUGCCUUGGAGUUCAUCCUCUUGCUGAAGGACACCUUGUAUGCAGGCGUGGUGCCUGACAGGAACAAGCGAACCACCCAAAACACCCUCAUCCAGCCGUGGCAGAAGACCGAGCCGGCCAAUUAUCGUGUUUUCCUCUCGUCAUUCCUGCUGAUAUUUGUCACAUGCGCUUGGGUGCUCUACUACGUUUACAGGUUCCAGGCGGUCCUGCCAGACUACAAAUGGGAUGUUGCUCGAGUUUGCGCCUCCUAUGUGAAAUCCAUUGCCAGCGGCAAGGCGGACUGACCGCAAAGCGAUGGCAGCGCAGAUCUUUGCACAUUGAUCCAGCA